AUGUCUCCUAGAGCUGAAGAAGAGAGGAUGCGAAUGGAAGUGGUGAAUAGGAUAGAAAAUGUUAUUAAGGAACUCUGGCCAAAUGCAGAUGUGCAGAUAUUUGGAAGUUUUAAAACUGGUUUAUAUUUACCAACAAGUGAUAUUGACUUAGUUGUGUUUGGGAAAUGGGAAACAUUACCUCUUUGGACCCUGGAAGAAGCUCUCAGAAAGCACAAUGUAGCGGAUGAAAAUUCAGUGAAGGUUUUAGACAAAGCAACUGUUCCUAUUAUUAAACUGACAGAUUCCUUCACUGAGGUAAAAGUCGAUAUCAGCUUUAAUGUACAGAAUGGGGUUAAAGCAGCCCAACUCAUCAAAGAUUUUAUCAAGAAAUAUCCUGUAUUACCGUAUCUGGUUUUAGUAUUGAAACAGUUCCUGUUACAGAGGGACCUUAAUGAAGUAUUCACAGGUGGAAUUGGUUCAUAUAGUCUUUUUUUAAUGGCUGUCAGCUUUCUUCAGCUACAUCCCAGGGAAGAUGCCUGCAUACCGAGUGCCAACUAUGGUGUUCUUUUAAUAGAAUUUUUUGAAUUAUAUGGCCGCCAUUUCAAUUACCUAAAGACUGGAAUCCGAAUAAAGGAUGGUGGCUCAUAUGUAGCAAAAGAUGAAGUGCAGAAGAGUAUGCUGGAUGGGUAUAGACCUUCAAUGCUAUACAUUGAAGACCCGCUACAACCAGGUAAUGAUGUUGGGAGGAGUUCAUAUGGUGCCAUGCAAGUGAAACAGGCCUUUGAUUAUGCAUAUGUUGUUUUGAGCCAUGCUGUAUCGCCAAUAGCUAAAUAUUAUCCCAACAAUGAAACUGAAAGUAUAUUAGGUAGAAUAAUUAGAGUAACGCAAGAAGUGGCCACGUACAGAGAUUGGAUAUCAAAGCAGUGGGGAAUUCAGAGUAGAACAGAGUCUUCAUGUAAUGGUAAUGGGGUAACCUUGAUAGUAGAUACUCAACAGUUGGACAAGUGUAACAAUAAUCUUUCUGAAGAGAAUGAAGCACUAGGGAAAUCUAGAAGUAAAACUUCAGAAAUGCUCAGUAAACACUCUUCAAACUCAUCAUCUGGUCCAUUGUCUUCCUCCUCUUCCACAUUAUCCAGCUCUAGUGAUGUAGAUUCUGAUGGAACACCAUGCAAAACAUCUAAGCAGCUGAGUUGUCGUCAGUCUACCACAAACCGAGUGGGGUCACAAGAUGUAUCACUGGAAUCUUCCCAAUCAGGUGGAAAAAUGCAAAAUAGUCAAACGGCUAAUACAUCUAGCAGCAUGAACAAAUCUCAGCAUGGAUCUGCAAGGUUUUUCCGCUCUUCUUCCAACAAAGGCUUUCAAGGUCCAACAAACUCGAGCCAUGGUACCUCAGUGACAAACAAACAACAUCAAGGCAGCAAAUCACAUAAUCAGUAUUUCCAUGGCAAAAAGAGGAAACACAAGAGGGACGCAGCCCUUUCAGACCUUUGUAGAUAGUUGCCUAUCUGUAUGCAAUGAUCUCAUGCUACAGGAUAGUUUGAUAGUGACUCCUUGGAUAUCUUCCGGAGCUUCAGACUGUUCAGACAUUGAUUAGCAACUGCAUUUUUUUUCCCAGCUCGCCACGGAACGGAUCAUGAAGAUUGAUCACCGCAAAAAAGAGGAAAAAAUGGCUGCUCAUUUGAUAAGUCAUAUGCUACAACAGGGUCAUUUAGGAUAUAAAGCUUGAAUGUAAAAUAAAUAUAUUUCCCAUCAGCUCAUGCUGACCUGUAGGGGUAGUAUUCAGUGUGUUUAGGGGGUGGUAUCAAACAAAACAAAAAAACAAAAAAACCCAAAAAAAGAUGAAAAAUUGUAUUUUUGAGGGAAACCCUGCCUUUAAAGGUGAAAGUAAUUUGUGCAUGAUUUUUUUUAAUUAUUUUUGCAUAUAUUUACCAUUUUAUUGUGUGUAUAUAUAGAUGACCACAUAGGAAAACUGACAUUUGUAAUAGUGGAUUUGUUAAUACUUUUUACAUAAUAUUACUGUUUAAAUUGUAAACAGCAUUUUUUUUCUCAGGAUUAGUUUGGAAAAUAAUCUAAAUUAUCAUCUUAACAUCCGUAUAAAGAUACUUUAUUAGCUAUAUUGUUCAGAAUUUUUCUCUUUUUUUUUUUUUUUUGGCAUUUAAAUAAUUAAUAGAACAUUUGAUCUCCAAAAGUUGUUCCUCUAAGAAGAAAGGUUUACAGUGGCAAAUGAAGUCUUUCAUUUGUGUAAAAUGUACAUGUACUCUUGUGUGAACACUAAAUUUGUGAGCGCUGAAAAAAAUCUUCACCUUGUUUUCUAGCGUGCCAUCAUUUUAAGGCAGUGGGGUUUUUCAGGUUUCUCCUCCCUCCCUCCUCCUUCAACAAUCUCCCUUUUUUAAAAUAAAAACAAGCCUCUGGUUUUUCUUUUUCUUUAUUUUCAGUACAAACCAACUCAAUUUAUUACCAGUGUUUGCAUUCCCUGGCUACUUUAAUCCCAUGCCUUUCUGUUUGUGCCUUCCCCACCCACCCAAAUCUGGUCUUUUUUAUAUUUUUUGCUAACACUUGGAGAAAAAAAUUUAAGCUAUCUGUAAAUUUUACUAUUAAAGUAUUUUUUUUCUCAUUCCCCUUUUAGGUAUUUUUAUAUUUACACUUUAAAAAUUUAAGUAGUCUUCAAAUAAUGGAAAAUAUAUUUUGUAUUGCCUUAACCCAUACCUUUCAUAGCCUUCUAAUAUUUCUUCAUUGAACUUGUACCUUUAAUUAAAAUUCAGCAUUUUUUGGUUCGGUCACACUUUAAUUUACAGUAAAUUAUUUAAUGCUGUGAAUGUAAAUUAAAUAUGUACAUCCACAUACGUAGUUUGAAAAAAGAGUUGGGGCACUUUAAUGAUAGAAUGUUAAAUGGCAUUUACUUUAACAUAUUUCUUUAAGAGGAAAGAGUUUGUGUUCAACCUACGUGGCUGCAUUUAAUGUAGCUUUCCUGGAGACGAUGCUUUUAUAAAAUGCUGUUAGCUUUUAUCAAUUUCUUUUUAUAUACAUUUACAAAAUACUGCAGACCAACCUGACCUUUAAUGGGCACAGAUGUGUGAAAUGCCUUUUUAAAAUAAAAUAACACUAAAAUAAGACCAAAAGUGAUGUCAUCAAUUAAAUUAAUCAUCAUUCUCAACAUGUUUAAAGUGUUUUACUUCAAAAAGAAAAAUACAUAUUUCAACAAGAUGGAAUUCAUAACAGUUACUCAUACCAGUACUAAGAGUUUAAAAAGUGAUGUUAAUUUGACAAUGUUUAAAAUUUUAGAUUCACAUUUUUAUUCUGAUCAGAUAAUUUUAUCAACAAGAUGUUGAGCUUUUAUUCAUAGAAACUAGUACAAGUUGUACGACAUUAUGCAUAAUCACAGUAUUUAUUUUGUUUUAGAUUAUUGUGAAUGUGUAGACUUAUGUUCACCGCUUAGGGAACAAUUAUUUAUAAAUUAUAUUAAUCCAGUAUUGUUAGCUGCUAUUAGCAAAACUGUUCCAAACACUUAAUACUUGCAAAGAUCUGUAUCGCAUUUACCACACUGAAGUGUUUUUAAAGAAUCACCCUCAUUGUUGAAAGCAAAUGUACUCUUAGGGUGCAGAUAUUAGUGUUCCAAUAAGCAUGUGAUAAUUUUAAGGUGGUGGUAGCGGGAAGAUAAUCUUGAUUCCAUUGGGAAUCUUAGGUUUGCCUCAAUUUAUGGUUUUCAUAAAUUUUAUGGAAAAUAGGUUUUCCUGGACUGCUCACGUUUCUUUUUGGUAAACAGUAACUUUCUAAAAGAAAAAAAAAGCAUGAAGGAAAAAUUGAGGUGUAUUUUACAUUGCCUCAAAUGACCAGCAUUGUAUUCAUAAAAUACUGUAUAUCUUGCAAAUCUUUAUUUAAACAGAACAGUUGAACUGUUCCUUUUUUUUUCAAUCUGAAGUAAAAUACUUUCAAGAA